UAAACCGGCUUAUCUUCUAUUUAUGAAAUUCUUGUACUUGCCGCUAUUACCGGAUACCAAAAUUGUCGAAGCAUUUAAUCUUCUCGAAAUACAAGCAGCUGCUCUAAGCAAGGGGAACUUUUCGCCCUUUUUAAAAUAUUAUAAAAAACAGUGGCUUAUAAAGGAAGGACCUAAAAAUAUUUCAGUUUUUAAACGUUCGACGCGGACCACAGGCUCUGUUGAAGCAUACAAUUUGAAUUUGGGCAACAAAAUACGAGCAAAAGGGCACUUUUUUAAAUUUGUUGAAUGCAUCAUAGACGCCGAAUAUGAAAAAAGUCGGGAGUUCGCUCUGCUUUUUCAAAACGGUGGUAUAGGCAAUCAGACGCAACCAAAGCAGCUUCGAGACCGUGCUCAAAAAAUUAUGAACUGUAUGGAGAUGUUCGAGAAAGGCGAAAUCGAUAUUCAGGUGUUCUUGGCACGGACUGUCGGUCUAAAUGAAACUUUUUUAAAACAAGAUCUUUUUUCUGGAAUGUGUUCCGACCGAAUGUGUUCGUUUUGAAAACGACAUAUCUCCGCUAGGAGGUAUGUCGAUUUAAUUUCGGAUGAUAUAUGUCGCGAGGACAUAUGUCGUUACCCCUAUCAUGCAGCCUAUAUGUUUGGGAGUGCACACACUGUUUCCUAUUUCACCAGAACCGCCAAGUAUUUCAUCAGCCAGAUCCUAACAGCAUUGCCAACAGUCUCUCUCUCCCAUUGUGUCUCUGAAGUAAUUCAGUCGCUGCAGAAUUUUUAACGAAGUCAGUCGAUGCGUUCAUUAGUGCGAGAGUCGUAGUUCUUUUCAUUUUUAUAAUUAUUAAUUUCAAACUUUGUGAACAAUACCCAAAAUAAUAAACUUAAUCUGUAUUAUCCCUACAAAUUAUUGGGGGAUCGUCCGGGAUCGUUCAAAGAAAAAAAUUAAUAAAAGUGCAUUAACACUAACGAAUUUGAGAUAACGAAGGAGAAGAGAAACUGGCGUGCGACAAUUCGACGAAGCAAAACUGGAGCAAAUUCUGGAUCUUUUCUCGACAAGGAAGAGACCCUUUGAAAGAAUAUUUCUCCUCUCCGAGAGGAUAUAUGACGCUUUCAAAACGACAUAUCUCCUCCAAAUUAAAAACGACAUAGCUCCGCGCGGAGAUGUGACGCUUUCAAAAC